UGCGCCCUCGGCUGCGCCUCGCCAUGCUCCGCGCGGGCGCGCAGCGGCUGCGGGGCCUCCCGCUGCCCGGUCUCCCGCUGCCCGGCCUCCUCGGGCGCCCGCGCUCCGCCUGCAGCCGAGGAGAGGAAAACCCACCCUUAUCUGCAGAAACAAGAUGGAAAGACAGAGCGGAAACAGUGAUCAUUGGAGGUGGCUGCGUUGGUGUGAGUCUGGCUUAUCACCUGGCCAAAGCAGGGAUGAAGGAUGUGGUCCUCCUGGAGAAAUUGGAGCUCACCGCUGGAUCCACCUGGCAUGCAGCAGGUUUAACAACUUACUUUCAUCCUGGAAUAAACUUGAAGAAAAUACAUUAUUAUAGCAUCAAACUUUAUGAGAAACUGGAGGAAGAAACUGGACAGGUGGUGGGAUUCCAUCAGCCAGGUAGUAUCAGAAUUGCUACAACUCCUGUAAGGGUCGAUGAAUUUAAAUAUCAGAUGACUCGGACGGGCUGGCAUGCCACGGAACAGUAUAUUAUUGAGCCUGAAAAAAUUCAAGAGAUGUUCCCUUUACUCAACAUGAGUAAGGUUUUAGCUGGACUGUAUAAUCCUGGAGAUGGUCACAUUGAUCCUUACUCUCUAACCAUGGCCCUAGCUGCUGGGGCUAGGAAAUAUGGUGCCCUUUUAAAAUAUCCUGCACCGGUGACUUCUCUGAAACCCAGGUCAGAUGGAACAUGGGAUGUUGAAACACCACAGGGAUCUAUGAGAGCAAAUCGAGUUGUGAAUGCUGCAGGAUUUUGGGCCCGUGAAGUUGGUAAGAUGAUCGGACUAGAACAUCCUCUCAUCCCGGUCCAGCAUCAAUAUCUUGUCACAUCCACUAUACCUGAAGUGAAAGCUUUGAAACGAGAACUCCCUGUGCUCCGUGACCUGGAAGGAUCUUUUUACCUCCGACAGGAAAGGGAUGGGCUUUUGUUUGGUCCAUAUGAAAGUCAGGAGAAAAUGAAAGUUCAGGACUCCUGGGUCACCACUGGAGUCCCUCCAGGUUUUGGAAAGGAACUCUUUGAGUCUGAUCUAGACCGAAUCACGGAACACGUUGAAGCUGCUAUGGAAUUGGUUCCAGUCUUGAAAAAGGCGGACAUCAUCACUAUUGUUAAUGGUCCUAUCACCUACUCUCCUGACAUUCUGCCUAUGGUGGGGCCCCAUCAGGGGGUCAGAAACUACUGGGUGGCUGUAGGCUUUGGAUACGGCAUAGUCCACGCUGGUGGGGUAGGGAAAUAUCUCAGUGACUGGAUCCUACAUGGAGAGCCUCCUUUUGAUCUGAUAGAAUUGGAUCCCAAUCGCUAUGGCAAAUGGACAACAACUGAGUACACUGAGGCCAAAGCAAGAGAGUCAUAUGGAUUCAACAAUAUUGUUGGUUAUCCUAAAGAAGAACGGUUUGCCGGGAGGCCAACUCAGCGAGUCAGUGGCCUUUAUAAAAUUCUGCAGUCUAAGUGUUCCAUGGGGUUCCAUGCGGGCUGGGAGCAGCCACACUGGUUCUACAAACCCGGCCAGGACACUCAGUACAGGCCAAGUUUUCGCCGCACAAACUGGUUUGAGCCUGUGGGCUCUGAGUAUAAACAGGUUAUGCAAAGGGUAGGGGUGAUUGACCUGUCGCCAUUUGGCAAGUUCAACAUCAAAGGCCAGGACUCUAUUAGACUGUUGGACCAUCUCUUUGCAAAUGUCAUUCCAAAGGUGGGUUUUACAAAUAUAAGUCACAUGUUAACACCCAAAGGUCGGGUGUAUGCUGAGUUGACUGUUUCCCAUCAGUCUCCUGGGGAGUUUCUGUUAAUAACUGGUUCUGGAUCAGAACUUCAUGAUCUUAGAUGGAUUGAAGAAGUGGCAGUCAGAGGCGGAUAUGAUGUUGAAAUUAAGAACGUAACCGAUGAGCUUGGAGUCCUUGGAGUUGCAGGGCCACAGGCAAGAAAGGUCCUUCAGAAACUGACCUCUGAAGAUCUUAGUGAUGAUGUCUUCAAGUUUCUUCAAACCAAGUCUUUACAGGUUUCCAACAUUCCUGUCACUGCUAUUAGGAUAUCUUAUACUGGUGAGCUGGGUUGGGAGCUGUACCACAGACGAGAAGAUUCCGCCGCACUUUAUGAUGUUAUCAUGAAUGCGGGCCAGGAAGAGGGAAUUGACAAUUUUGGAACAUAUGCCCUGAAUGCCUUAAGACUGGAGAAAGCUUUCAGAGCCUGGGGGUCAGAGAUGAACUGUGAUACAAAUCCCUUGGAAGCUGGACUGGAAUAUUUUGUAAAGCUAAAUAAGCCAGCAGACUUCAUAGGAAAGCAAGCACUGAAACAGAUUAAAGCCGAGGGGCUGAAACGGAGACUGGUCUGCCUCACCUUGGCAACCGAUGAUGUUGAUCCAGAGGGAAAUGAAAGCAUCUGGUACGAUGGCAAGGUGGUUGGCAACACGACCUCCGGAAGCUACAGUUACAGCAUCCAGAGGAGCCUGGCCUUUGCGUAUGUCCCUGUGGAGCUCGGGAAAGUAGGACAGCAAGUGGAAGUUGAACUCCUCGGCAAAAAUUACCCAGCAGUCGUCAUACAAGAGCCCUUGGUAUUGACAGAACCAACCAGAAACCGGCUUAAGAAAAAAGGUGGGAAGGACAAAAUUUGAAAAAGACCUUCAGCAGGCAACUGACUGACGAUUGCACUGUGCCUGUGCUCGAAAUGACGGUUGAUUCCUGAGGGAGUAUGGGAAAACAAGAAUUCACUUCAAGAUCAUCGAAAUCUAGAUUUAGAAUCGGAAUAAAACCUUUCUCUUAAUUCUUCUCUAAGCAAAAUAGAAUAAUGGAUUAGUGAUUUACAUUGUUCUUUCAAAUGGAGAAAUUUGAAAUGAAUGUUUUUAUUACCCUAUAUUGGUGUUUGUGGAUCUCAAUUGCAAAACUUUUAAGUUUUUGCUAAUACACAAUCAUUAUUACAGCUGAAUUAGAGGAUGUUAUACAAUUUUACGAUCAUAUGCAUAUGGUUCUCGAUAUGUUUUACAUAAAAACAAAUGCAAUAUUGCUGAUGGACUUACUUCACUGAGAAAGAUUAGUCGAAUAGGGGAUAGUUUUAAUUUUUCACAAUAAAUCUAUGAUAAAAACAGGAAAGUUUAAUAUUGAUAUAUAACAUUUUUAUUCAAUUCUCUGAAAUAUUUAUCUUCAGUGGCUUUCCUGAAAGCAGUUUUAUGGGACAUCAUUAUUGUCCUUUCAAAGGUUGUCUUAGGAAAAAAAUAGCAAAAAAGAACAGUCUUCUAAAGGAAGCAGUGGUUGCAAACCUUCUGAAAUGAAGCGGAAACAUAAAUAGAUUGUGCCAGUACAAACACAAUGUGAAUACUGAACACUUCUCUUUGGGAAAGAAUUAAUGCAAGUUGACAUCACGUCAUGCCGUUCCGAGUACCACUUCACAAAGCAUUUGACAAAGCAGGUCAAACAAGAGCUUAAGAGCUGACAGGAUUGCCCUUAGCACUGUGUACAGCAAGAAAAAAAUCCAUUUAGAAAUAAUUCUUUGAUAUACUUCUUGAAAUUAUUAGGGUUUAGUUGAGUGAAUAAAUCAAAUGUUUUGUAAAAGGUAGUUUGUCAUUUAUAAUUUAUGUUAUACAAGCAUUUGUUACACAUUUAUUGAGUUUUUCCUAGGUAUUAAAGCUAAAUGUGAAGCACAAUAAGAUUCUGUAAUUAGAAAACAUUUUAAAAUAAUGUCUUGUAAGUUUUGCAAAGGUGCCAAAUUUACAUUUUAAAUGUUUGAUAAAAGUAAUCACAUAUUAGGACUCUUCAACAUGCCGUUCACUUCUUUUUGGUAUAUCCUUUUACAGGAGAAAAGGGGGAAAUCCUCUUGGUAACAAACCUUUCCUAAUUACCAAGAAUGUACCAGACCCUCCAUCUCCGUUCUGGUAUCAGGUGCUGGUUAAAGCCUUAGGCUGGGGCUCGGAGAUCUCGCUUCUCAUUCUCUGCCUCUCUGUAGCCCCUUGACCUUAGGAUACUUAUUUACCAUCUCUGGAUUCCUCCUCUGCAAAAUAGACUCUUCCAGGUUUUUUUGAUACUAUAAUAACAAGAAGCCAUAAUGAAAGUGCAACAUUGAAUUCAUGUCAUACAGUUAAGAUAGCACUAAAACAUCAAUAAAAAGAAUAGAACAUUUAGAUGAAUAUUAAAUGUUUAAAGAAAUCCUACCCACAGUAUAAAAGAAGUCAACUUCCUGAUUUCCUUGCGAAGUUUCCCUCAUUCCUUCUUUUCUGGUAUACUGGGUGCUAUCAGGUCACCCCAGCCCUCCCACUGCCACCCAGCCAGUGGUCCUGGCCUAGGUACCAGGUUUGGCAUCAGCCAGUCCAUAGGCUGACUGAUGAUCCACAACACCACUUGGCCGCGGGAAGAUGGGCCGAGUUAAUCGGAUUUCCUCCUGUGGGAAUUUGACCUGAGCCAUCAGAGAGUAAACUGAUUCAUACUAAAAAUUGGAGCUGAGAAGACGCAUAGAUGUAAGAGAAGCUUUGAGGCCUUGGGGCGAUGAGAGCUCCUGACGAGGAGAGAGGCUCUGAGGCAGAGACUGAGAGUAAAAGACCAGUUCCUGAAGCUCUCAGUUCCUGAUGGCCCAUCGCCCAGUUCUCAGGUGAAAACUUUGGGAUACUACCGGCUGCUGGAAAGUGGACUCUGCACUGAGGGAGGCCUCAAAGGAAUGAGCUGAGGGUGAGCAUCAGCCGUGAACAGCAAACACCAGCAGGCUUGAAAAGUACCCUAGAGAUGUACAGAGGCCGUGUCUGCAGCUUAGAAAAAAGUGUGCUCAAGAAAGUGGUGGUGAAUGACAGGCACUUUCUUCCCUCGAGCCAGGAAAGCCUCUCAGAGUUGCAAAAGCACUUUGCAUCAACACUUUACAUGAUGUUUAUGGAUUUGGGUUGGAUGUGACUGAUCUGUGUCUUUCUCCUUUUCUACUGAUUGGAAACGUGAGAGGAAAACAAUGUUUAAGUAUGCUGUGUGGAUCAUUAAAUAGCAGACAGAUUAUUCUAGAAUUUUACUGAGAGGAUUUUGUGUAUAUUUGAAUUGAACAAAAAGAAAGGUUGACAUUAUUGGGACUGUGAAAAGAAGAAAGUUUGAGAUACACGAAUGGCAUCCUUUAACCAAGUUCUCAAAAAAGCAGAAAACCAAAAAAUCAAGUUAGCUAAAAACCAAGUUAAUUAUACCCUUCUUCUGAUGAAUC